UUUCUCUUAAAAUUGGUCAUAAACACGGAGUGUAGUGGAAUAUUUUGUGCAUAAUGAAUAAAGCUAUAUUUGGCAUUUUAACAAUUUCACUUUUUUGUCUAACUUGGGCGGAAUCAUCUAAAACAUCCAGAACCCGCCGGCAGUUUAACAUCGCAGAUAAUGCUGAAAUAUUAAAGGUCACCUUUGAGAGUGCAGUAUCUGUUGAUAUGGGAAAUGAAAUCACACCAUAUCAAGCCAAAAACAUAUCUAAGGUAGAUUGGGACGCAGAUGAGAAUGCCUACUACACAAUAAUUUGUACAGAUCCUGAUGCACCUUCACCGGGUGAUCCUUUCCUUGGUGAACUUAUUACUUGGUUGGUUGUUAAUAUUCCUGGCAAAUCGAUAGCUUCAGGAAAGAUUCUCGCUGAAUAUUUUGCUGCUGCGCCUCCAAAAGGAGCUAAACUAAAUCGGAUUGUUUAUCUUCUGUACAAACAACCAAGCGAACUGGAAUUUGAUGAAAAACCAAUUGAUAAAUUUACUUUCGAAGGACGUUCAAACUUCUCAUCCGAAGAAUUCUCGUCUAAAUAUGGACUUGGCGAUCCAAUUGCUUUCAACUAUUAUCUGACUGAAUUCGAUGAAUUUGUAAGAGAAGUGUAUAAACAGCUGAACUGUUGUAUUGAGUUUAACUCACCAAAAUAUCAUUAUACAUAAAAUAGUGAAGAAUGAUUUUUUUUAUUAAUAAAAAGUGCAUUGAGCGCAGUGUUUAUUCUAUUA